CAUCCCCUGUGCCUUUCCCUUGAUUCAUUCAUUCGCGGCCCUACCCUCUAGCUGGGUGCACGUCCUGUCGUGACAAAUUCGCGUCGUGUAGAGGUAAACAUUAAACAAUUAAACCCGACGUUAUCUGAUAGAGAAGACAGAAGACAUCGCCGUAAUAAGAUGAGAACGCAAGAAUAUUCUCCAGUUAAACAUACAACGUAAUGAAUAAACAAAAUACUUAAUAUACAAUUUAUAAGAAAUCAUAGGUACGCACAGACAAUAACAAAAGCCAAAUUAUUUAUUUAUACACAUACAUAAAAGUAGUUUUCAUAUUUAACUAAACAUAAGUAUAAAAUAAAUCAAUUAUAAUUAAAACUAACAAUAGUGACUGGCAUUUGUCGAUAUUAAUUGAAAUAUCGAUUAUAUUUAUUAUAAAUAACUCAAUUAAAUAAAAUUUUAAUAGUGAAUGCUAUUUACCGAUUGUUUAAAUAUCGAGAAUAUUUUUUAAAUAAAAAUUGAAUAGUGGUACCUAUUUGUCGGUAGUUCGAAAGUAUUUUUUUUUAAAGCGUAACGAUAAAGUUAGACAAAAUGAGUUGCGAAUCGCCGUCGUCAGCGAAAAAAUUCAAUUUAGCUUCAAACUUUAUGAGGCAAUUUCGGGACCCGGAUUCGAGGGAACUGAAGAAACUAUCUGCGAACCAGUUUAUGGAAGUCUGGAGUCACUAUGAUAGAGACGGUAACGGAUAUAUCGAGGGCACAGAGCUGGACGGCUUCCUGAGAGAAUUUGUGUCCAGUGCCAACUUUACCGACAUUAGCCCAGAUGCGGUAUCCGAUGAAAUGCUGGUUGAACUGAAGGCCUGCUUCAUGGAGGCCUAUGAUGAUAACCAGGAUGGCAAAAUUGACAUACGAGAGCUGGCUCAACUUUUGCCGAUGGAGGAAAAUUUUCUUCUUUUAUUUAGGUUCGACAAUCCAUUGGAAUCCAGUGUCGAGUUUAUGAAAAUUUGGAGAGAGUACGAUACAGACGGCAGUGGGUAUAUUGAGGCUGAUGAAUUGAAGAAUUUCCUCCGCGAUUUACUCAAAGAAGCAAAGAAGAUUAAUGACGUCUCCGAAGACAAACUAAUCGAAUACACCGACACCAUGCUACAAGUGUUCGACUCGAACAAAGAUGGUCGACUUCAACUUUCAGAGAUGGCAAAAUUGCUGCCAGUGAAGGAGAAUUUCCUCUGCCGACAGGUGUUCAAGGAGGGCAUUGAGGGUGCAACAAAAUUAACGAAAGAUGAUAUUGAGCGGGUAUUUUCUCUAUAUGACAGAGAUAACAAUGGCUCUAUAGAGAAUGAAGAACUACGCGGUUUUCUAAAAGAUCUUUUAGAACUAGUGAAAAAAGAUUACGAUGCGCAAGAUCUCCUUGAAUUUGAAGAAACUAUUCUCCAAGGCGUAGAAUACAGUAGCGAAGGGAAGAUCAGCAGAAAACAGCUAACGAUGAUCCUUUUAGCGCUCGCCAAACACAAUCAGGAAGAAGAAGUGUCAACACCAUAAAAGCCGCAGAACGUGACUGUCACUCCGUCCCAGUAGCAUGAGAUAAAAUUCUUUAACUUGGCUUACUCCACGGGCUCCGGUUUCACUCCGGUUACAGUUAUGUCUUGAGUUCAAGCAAAAGUGGGCGUGGCUUAUCAAACCGGGCCGGAAUGGAGCCGGAUCGUGUAGUUAAAGCUUUAUCCAGUAUUAUUUCGCAAGAUGAUAAGAAAUCUUUCACUUCUCAAUACAUAACAUUAUAAAAUAGUUACCAAAAUAUAUAAAAUAAAGAAAUACGACCUUUAGACGACAUAGACGAUAUAUUUUUUUAAUUAAAUGCUGAGUUGUUAAUUAUUAUUAUUGUGGAAUUUCUAUGGUGUUGUUUUAUGUAGUUUCAUGUAUAAUCUAUAUGUCAAUAUAUUAUACAUUUUGUAUAAAAUCUAUGUUAGUUACAAUAAUAAUUAUCGCAGCGCUAAAACAAUUUGCAGUGGCGUGCAUACCGUUCAUUUAAUUUAAAUUAUUAGACUUACACAUAAUAUUUUCCCAGUUUAAAUCUAAGAAUAACAUAAUUAACUACCUAUUCUAAUUUAUUUGUAGUUAUACAAAAUAAAAUCGCUAUCCUACAUUUUUUUAAAGUACCUAAGUAACUAUAUAUUUUUUUUAAUACAUAUAAGUAUUUAUUUAUCGAUUUUAUCGUUAGUACUCAGUUUUGCAAUGCACGCCAUUGCAAUCCUUAAGUUGCAAACAAAUUAAACUACACUGUGACACAGUCGUGAAGUAUCGUGCUACGGUCUACGACAGAGUAGGACACAACUCACACUCCGUCGUAGUCUACACUCUGUCGUAGCGCUCGCGUAGCACUGAAGGUUCGCUGGCGUUUGAGGCGAGAUGGUCUCGUCAGAGUGCGUUACGUGCGACACACCAAGUCACGGUUAUUUGUUUGUACCUUUAUGGCUGCUAUCAAAGAUGUUCUUUAUACUUACGUUCAUUCUCAAUGUUCAAUCUACCUGUAAUCUAUAGAUAAGUUACUUAGCAACGUUGUUAUUUUCCAAAAAUUGUAUGGUCUUUUGUCAAAUAAUAAUGUUGCUAAGGAACUUAUCUACUGAUUACAGAUAGAUUGAAUACUGAAAACAGACGUUAAUCUAUUUGGGUGUUAUAAAUAGGUAUAACUUAAGUGAGUGUGGUUUAAUCAUAUAAAUAAAAUAAUUUUGACGAUACUUCACAUUCAUUAAAUGAAGUUGAACUAUCGUGGUAUGAAUCUACUGGAAUUAAUUUAUAAAUUAAUGAAAAAAAGUGGGUAUUUCAUUCUUGGUAAGAACGAAUCUACUGCUUAAUCAAGUUGUCUGAAUGGUUUGUUCGUAAUUUUUAAUUUCGUUUAGAAAUAACUACAGUCCAAGAAUCAUCAUAAAACGCCAAAACAAAUGCCAAAUAAAUAAUAGUUUAAGUGUUUACUUACGAGUUUCUAAUAGCUGCAGAAGUUUUAUACAUAAAUUCUAUUUUCGUAUAUUGUAGAUAUCAUUAUUAAUUACCUACUAGGUACCUAGUUGACUUACAACAAUUAUUGCUAAAACUGAUUUUGCUAAAACACGCUUAAUAUCCACGACUCUUGAGUACAAAAGGACAAACUAAGGGUGCGCAAUGCGCAUCCACUGAAGUGGAGUGGAGCGGAGACUUGUGACGAGUCAUUGAGAAAUGACGUGAUAAAAACGUCACGUCAAGUUAUGUAACAAUAACCUUAUAGAGUCAACUGAACAUGUCUCCGCUACGCUUCAAUUUAGUGGAAACGCAUCAUUUUUAAGGUAAUCGUUGCUCCACGAGAAUUGAGAUGAACCGCAAAAUGAUGCGGUCCACCCCUCCUUCGAGUUUUAUUCAUGAGUCUUCAUUGAAUGUCGCAAUAGUCUGCGGACUUCCUUAAAGACAAUGUGCUGGGUAGUGGAGUGCAUAGGGUUCGAAACUAGGGUAGGCAUUAGUUAGCUUACCUAUUUAGAGGCUGUCAUGAUGAAAAAUGACCAUUGCGAUAUUUCAACUUGGGUAAACAGUGCUUUUAUGCCUCUAUGUACUGAACGCCACUG